UCCUUCUCUCUUAUUAGUCUUUCUCUCAGGUGAUUAGUAACUAAGAUUUGGAGAGAUCCAGCUCUUGAAUAAUGUUUCAUUUCCCUUUCUUAAAUAACUCUUGAUAUGGUUCAAACCUGCUAUCAGGCAGUGGGAUGUUCCAUUAGUAAAGCUCUUUUAAUCUGUGCGAGAUAUAAACUGGAAAAGGAAGGUGUCCAAGCAAAAAGAAAAUUGCCCAGAAUGACACUAAUGGCUUUUCUUUAUUAACUCUUCAGUUAUGCAAAGUUUUUUCCUACAUACUUCUCAGCUAAGUGUGUAGUGUUGUGGAACAAAGAUAAUAGAAUGUUCACUCUGAAAAUAUUAGGCAGGUAAUGUUUCAUAUUGAAAUGCAACAUAGAGUUGAAAUGGCUUUCAUCAGUCAAAAGAGAGUGUGCAGAUUAGAGAUGGCCUGCACACGCUGAAAUCUGCAAAAUCAUCAGUCAGCAAAAUCCACCAUUCCUUCAUGCUGAACAAAGAGAAAAAAAAUGAUACAAGUGUGACAUAACAGGGACAUAAUGCCAUAAGCCUGAGGCACGGAAAUGUAUCUUUAUCCAGGGCAAAGCUCUGUGAGGGGUUCCUCAGACAAAAGUUAUGUAGAGUCAUACUUAGGGAAAAGAAAGAAAUUUCAGCAGAUUUUGAAAGUCAUUGUGGUAUGCAGAUCAUACUGGUUUUGGUUGGUUAGUAGCAACUCAGAGAAAUUAGCUCAGAAAAAAUAAAAAACUUUCCUUCAUUAGCUAAUAUUUGUAUAAAGAGAAGCCCACCAAAAUGAAAAUUUCUGAUAAUAUCAACAUAGAGAGAUUAGAUCACUUACAGAACCUCUAAUCUGCUUCUUUAAAGUUGGUCUAGAGGCAAAGGUAGUCUCAGAUCGCAUUGUUUGUCUGUUAUAUGAUUUCUCACCAUUUCAUUAAAGACUGGGAAAAAUUGAAUAGAAAUAAUAUGCAUUAGUGCUGCUCUGCUUGUAUGCACACAAUUAUAAAAUUUAGGUUAUCUAAAUUCACAUAUCCAGUUCUUACUUCUAUUUUAGCUAUUUUUAAGCACUUUAAGAUUGAGAGAAGCUGGCAAGUCUGACUUUUCACCUCUUUCCAACACAUUACUUGUAAGAUUUUUUUUUUUAAAUAAGUAUUCCUACUUUUACAUGAGGAACCUUCCCAUCACAACAUACUAUCAGUGAAUAUUCUGAGGUUGUUUUAAGGUUUGAGCUUCCCUUUGGUACAUGACAGUAGGAGCACACGUGAUGUGAAGGAAGGAACACGUCUGCAUGUGUAGAGGAAGCUGAGUAAUACUAUUGCACUUCGAAGAAGUCAGCACCAUACAGCUCACGGAGGAGCCUUGAAGAGCCCUGCCUUUUUUAGGUGACAGAUUGAGCCUUCUGCUCAAUUUAUAUAUGCUUUGUAUUGUUUAGAUAUUCCUGUUUUCUCUUAUAUAAGAUUCCUAAACAUUAAGCAAUUUUGUACAGGGCACUGGCGCUCUGGAGAACUUUGAAACUUUAGUACGUGCUGGUGUUUAAGGUAAACUGAAGAUUGGACUAAAUUCUCAUGUCUGUUUGUUCUAAAAUGAAGACUAAUAAAUGAAGAUUCUGUAGGCAGAAUAACUUUGUGCUGAGUUAGGUUUUAAUGUUAGAUGUUUCUGUGCUGAAUAAUUAGUGGUUCACUGAAUUUUCAAAUGGCUGUGUGGGGUUUGCUUCCAGUUAACACUGUCCUCUUUGUAUUACGUCCAGUUACUUUAGAUGUUUUGUAGGCAGUUUUCCUUUCUGCUUGAGCACCAGUUAAAAUAUGUUCAACACUUAAUAGAAAAUGGUUUCUGUAUACACCACAUUAGGAAUUCCAUCUUGGAUCAUUGACAGUGGAUUUCCUGAUCAUUUUUGAAAGCUCUCACUUAUUUUGUGUUAGUUCUCUACUAGCAAGGUAAGAAAUGCUAGUGUAGUCAUUAGCAUAUGUAUUUUCAGGUGCCUUCAUUAUAAUUUGCUGUGAUACAAUGAUUAGGCAUGUGCCCAGAUGGUGACUGUCAUUUCCUUACCCAUAUCGAUGGGCUGUUAUCCACAUGAGUAAUCUCACCAACUCAAGAUGAAUUGCUUUUGUAGCUAACUGUUCCCUCAUGGAAAGUCUGACAAUAUAGUCUAUAGCAAAGCAUAGUUAAAAGCCGGCAUCAUAAUGCAGAACCUUAAAUUGCCAUUCUCCCAUGUGAGCACCCGGGUAGGAGGCCAAGGCGUGCUGAACACUACAUGGUAAAACCUACGUAACUAAUUCAUGUUGACCUGCAGUUAUACAGGAUCUGCCUCACAGUAGACUAACACGACUAGUAAUUUAUUUGCAUUGAGGUGACACUAGCAGGACUGUAAAAUGGAUUUAGGAUUAAAAGACCGUAACAACAGGAACACCUCUGCUACUACAAAGAAUUUUUCUGCCUGGGAAGACUAUAAGAGUAGUGUUGAUGACAUACAGUACUUUCUUAUUGGGCUGUACACACUUAUAAGUCUGGCUGGCUUUAUGGGAAAUCUGCUUAUACUAAUGGCCCUACUGAAGUGCAAGCAGAAGACAAUAAUAAACAUUCUCAUAGGUAACUUGGCCUUUUCUGACAUCUUGGUUGUGCUAUUCUGUUCGCCUUUCACACUGACAUCCGUCCUGCUUGACCAGUGGAUGUUUGGCACUGUCAUGUGCCAUGUAAUGCCCUUCCUCCAAUGCGCAUCAGUUCUAGUUUCAACUUUGAUGUUAAUAUCUAUUGCUGCAGUCAGGUACCGUAUGAUAAAAUAUCCCCUUUCUAGCAAUCUAACAGCAAAACAAGGCUAUUUCUUAAUAGUGGCCAUUUGGGCCUUCGGCUUCACAAUUUGCUCCCCUCUUCCAGUUUUCCACAAAAUUGUAGACCUCAGCAAAACUCUGAAUUUAGAGGCACUGGAGAACAGACUCUUGUGUAUCGAGUCAUGGCCUUCCGAUUCCUACAGAAUUGCCUUUACAAUAGCCUUACUGUUUAUGCAGUACAUACUGCCGCUGGCAUGUUUAACUGCUAGUCACACGAGCGUCUGCAGGAGCAUAGGCUCUAGACUGUCAAACAAGGAAAACAAGUUUGAAGAAAAGGAGAUGAUAAACCUAGCUCUUCAUCCCUCUAAGAGCACUAGCACACAGGUGCAGUCCUCUGGGCACUCCAGGUGGAGCUGUGCCUUUGGCAGAAAGCACCACAGAAGAUACAGCAGGAAGACUUCAAGUGUGAUGCCAGCUAUUUCAAGGCAUCAUCAGGAUACUCAUUCAAGAGAUCUCCCAGAAACCUCUGGCACAGAAAAAAGUCAGCUCUUUUCCUCCAGUAAAUUCAUCCCUGGGAUUCCUAUCUGUUUUGAGAUGAAACCAGAAGAAAAUACAGAGAUCCAGGACAUGAUUACUGUAUCCCGAUCCAUUGUCAGAAUUAAGACAAGAUCAAGGAGAGUUUUUUGCAGACUGACAGUGCUAAUCCUAGUUUUUGGUUUCAGUUGGAUGCCUCUUCACCUUUUCCACAUUGUGACAGAUUUUAAUGCCACUCUCAUUUCUAACAGACAUUUUAAAUUAGUAUAUUGCAUAUGCCAUUUAUUGGGUAUGAUGUCCUGCUGCUUGAAUCCCAUCCUCUAUGGGUUUCUUAACAACAGCAUAAAAGCUGAUUUAAUGUCCCUUAUCCCAUGCUGCCAAAUACUAUGAUUUUAUGUGCCCCAAGAUAAAGUAAAACAAACAAGUAUGGCUUUCAAGCCUACUGGUGUGCAUAGCUGUAAAAGAUAAAUUAGUUCAGUUUAGUUAGUCUGACUUGGAUAUGAUUAGUAGCAUUUUGUGUGAAUGGAUAGUUCUGUGGCUGCAUGUAUCUCUUGCAUUGGGCAGAAUUAUAUACAUAUGUUAUAACAUUUCUCUAUCUGUUACACAUAGGAAACCAUGCCCAGUGUACAAAACCGGAAUACCAUUUUCAUUACCUGAAAUGUUGGCAAUCUGUACUUUGGAAUUAUACAGAAUAUAUAAUGAAUAAUAAAUGUAAGACAGACUACCGAGACAUAUCAGUAUUAACUGUCACAAGACUAUAAUAAAAUACAUAUAAUUUACUAAAUAA